AUGGAGUCUCAGGGAGGGGGGCCAGGUGACAGCAUCGCCCUUUCCUCUCCGGCUAUUGCGCACCUUCUGGAGCCUCGCUCAGCCUGCUCCCUCCGGCGCAACACGCCAAUGCUGCUACCCACAACGCACAGACCAGAAACCAGGAUAGACAGAAGCCUGGGAUGGCCUAGCACCGAGCAGGCCCAGCGCAAACGCAAGGUCUCUUUCUCUCCUCUCGGUGAACCCCACGCCCAGUCCCGGGAGAGGGAGCGGAUGCUUAUUUCCGAAAGCUGGCAAUCCUGCAGUGGCAACUGGAAAAAUAUAUAUACUUGUGUGUGUGUGAGUGUGUGUGUGAGAGAGUGUGCGUGUGUGUGUGCGCGCGCUCGCGCGUACAGCGCAUAUCGUGCCCAGCUACAAGGAAACCUGGCGGCUCCUCUGAAACACAACUUUGAGUCCCGGCAGGGCGGAGGUGGAGAGAGAUUCUCCGCUUGGGCCUGGAGGGACGGCCAGGGUUCCUUCCCGCGGGCCAGCCUCUCGUCCUUCCUCCCGGGAGGGGGCGCCUUCCCUUUCUCCGGAUGCGGGCCUUUCAGAGUCAGCGACGCCUUAGACUCCUCCCAGAAAAAUGCACCCUCAUCUACCCAAUUCUGCCCUACCUGUUGGAGCUCCCGGACCCGCCCACUCGGUGAGGUCAGAGCCCACCCCUGGAAGGGCCGCUUGUCGGGGACUGGCUCGCCCUCUCCUGGCCUCCCCGGACCAGCGCGCGGGGAGGAUCCCGGCAACGCCGGGCGGCUGCAGACCUUGAACGGCCUUAGCCUGGUGACCUCCCCGGGAAAGGCUAGGCGGUGCUUCCACCCUGAGGGCCACUUGUUAAUUCGCACGAGAAAGUGCUGCCGAGGGUCCACACGUGCGAAUCCGCCUGUGGAGUGCUUCCCCGCCCUGGGGGCAAGGCCUAGGGGAGGCCAAAGGGGAGAAGUUGCCGGAAGACUGGGAAGUAAGGGCAGGGGCGUCAGAGGAAUCGAAGGUGCAGUGACAUCAGGCUCGGACACCCGGCGGACUCCUCUCAAGGCCUCAAACUUCUUCAUGGGAAAAAAUGGCUUCUCCUUUUUUAAUUGAAUGAACUAGAAGAAGUUCAUUGUUAUUCAUCAACUUCAAAGAGACUAUAUGAGGCCCCUUGGCCAGGACUACAGAGCAGUGUUUUUUAAAUCAGAAAUUAUGGCCAAAAAGAAGAGGAGACCAGAACACAUGGGUAAAUAUUACUGAAUUAGUGGUUUUCCUUCAAUAGUUUAGUUUUGGUGUGUGAGAGGAAGAAAGUUGCAAGAGCUUAUGUGCCAGGUACUGUGCUAUGAUCUGAAGAUGCAGAAAUGAAGAAAAUGCAAUCCCUGGUCCUCCCACCUGAUGGGGGAAGUGGACUUCGCACCCUGUGGAUAAGGAAUAAGGAGUACACAGUGUAGCACUGUGGUUAGAAGCACCAGCUCUGUCAUCACAGGGCUUGGCUUGUUCCCUGGCUCUGCUGUGGGCUGUGUGGCAUUGGGCAAGUUACUUAACUUCUCUGUGCAUUUUGUUUUGCAUCCUAAAAAUGGGGUGAGUGAUAAAAUCUAUGUUAUAUGGUUCCUGUAGGGAUUUAGUGAGUUAAAAUAGUUAAAGUACUUAAGCUCAGUGCAUACUUUGAGUGUUUAUUACUAUCAUUGAGAAGAUGUAGAGGAGGUAUAUGGGCAUAGAGAGCAAGGUGCAGCUGACUGCUUGGAUGAGGCAGCGGAUGCUUCAAAGAGGAGGUGACAUUUACUUUGCACUCUGAAAGGUGAGUGGGAGUUCAGUUGACAAGGGUGGCGUGAAGGAACCCAGGCAGUGGGAAGCGUGGUCGGGGCAGAGAGAAGGUGAUGGCUCGAAGGAGUAGCAGAGAGGUCAGUGUGGCUACAGCCCGGGACUCUCAUGUGGCUUGGGGGAAGGGAGUAAAAUCACAGGCUGAGUCUGGAAAGGUGAGUUCAGGCUAGACCGGGAAAGGCUUUAAACUCCGUGUCAUUCAUUCAUUCAUAUAAAUCUAUUAUCCCCAUAAAGAUGAAGAAGGAAGGCAUUAAAAAGUUAUGUAAUUUGCCGGGUGUGGUGGCCCACGCCUGUAAUCCCAGCACUUUGGGAGGCAGAAGCUGGCGGAUCACUCGAGAUCAGGAGUUCGAGACCAGCCUGGACAACAUGGUGAAACCCUGUCUCUACUAAAAAUACAAAAAUUAGCCAGAUGUGGUGGUGGGUGCCUGUAAUCCCAGCUACUUGGGAGGCUGAGGCACGAGAAUCGCUUGAACUCAGGAGAGGUUGCAGUGAGCCGGGAUCACGCCACUGCACUCCUGCCUGGGCGACAAAGCAAGACUCCGUCUCAACAUCACUGAACCAGUAGGGGGCAGAGCUGGAAGUUGAGCCAGGGUGUGUCUGACUCCCGAGCCCCGCACCUUGACUUUGUGCUUUCUCACAAUGCCUAUGGCUGCUGCUUUAAAACAGCACUUUCCAUUUGCCUUGUUAAAUGGGAUUGUAUAUGAAUUAUACUGCACUGUUUAUUUUUAGAGAAAUAAAAGAACCUAAUAAAGGAAUCUG